UUAAUGAACUUUAUAAUCUGAGAAUUUAUUGAUCAAACACUUAAAAACAUUAGUUUGAAACCUAUGGAGUCUUAGUAAGUUUUUCAAUAAACUCUUUAAAGCAUUUAUUUUUAAUUAACUAGCCACACAUAAACAAACAUGCCGGCAAAAAAAAAAAAAGGAAAUAAAUUAGCAAAAAUGAGUGAUGAAGAGAGAUUGAGAUAUCUUCAACAUCGAGCUGAAGUUGAAUUAGAAGCUAAAAGACGUAAACAACAGCUUAUUGCUGCAUUUGCAAAAAAUAAAUUAAGACGGGAAGAAGGAUUUUUUCGACUUAAUACUUCUAAAAUUAAUGAACAAUGGAGAUUUCAUUUGAGACAGAUUAAGUGUAAAGAAUUAUAUGAUGAAGUAGGGUAUCUUUGGAAAAAUUUUGACUAUAUUUUACGAACUAAAAAUGCUAUUAUUAAAACACUGUAUGAAGAUUUAGAAAAAUCUGAUAUCAAUCAUCGAAGGUUACAAGAAGUUCAUAUAGAAAUGAUUGAUAAGUUAAUUAAAAAUCACAAAAGAAGUUUAGAAUCCUUACAUGAACACUACAUAAAAUCGGUUAUGUUGAUAAAAUUUGGAGAAAUCCGUGAAAUGAACCAAGCUCAAGAAAAGCUACAUGAUGGCUGUGAACAUAUAGAAAUAAUUUUGUAUGCACAACAAAAACUUAUUGAUGAUAAAUUGAUGAUAACAAGAACACGAAAUGCAAUCAAUACAUAUAAUAUUGAAUAUACUAAAAUUGAAGCUGUUUUAGAAAUGAAACAACAAAUUGGUACCAAAAUGAUUGAACAUUGGAGAAAAUUUAAUAAAAUAAUUUCAGGAUAUCAAUAUGUAACACUAGACAAAUGGAAACAGUAUGAAAACUUGAAGACAUUAGAUGAAGAUCAUAAACGUGAAACAACCAAUUUCCCUCAAUUAUUGUCAGUUCUCAAUAUUACUAUUGAAUCACUCAGAAAUCGAGAGAACGCUUUAACCGAUGAAAGAAAUAAAAUUAUAAUUAAAUUGAAAAAGGAAAUAGAAAUGUUAAGGGCCCACAUUUUCAAGCUUAGACAAAAAAUAAAUAUAGAUCAGGCAAUGAAUAAAAUUCAACUAAAAAGAUUAACUGUUAUUAGUAAUAAAGUUAUUGAAAAAUUAGAAAAAGUUGAUCAAAAAAGUCACGCGCUCAAAGUGAUGAUAAAUAUUUGUUCAAAUUUUGAACCUCUUAUAGUAUAUAAUGAUAGGUAUAUUCUCGAACAAGUGGAUACAUUUUUACAGGAUGAAGGAGAUGUAGACUUAAUAAUAAGUCCUUAUGAGCAACUUGAAAAAUUUUGGAAGCAAUUCAGCUAUAUAAAAGUUAAAAAUUUUUUAAUAAUAAAGCAAUAUAAUCAAUUAAUAGCGGAAAAUCAAAAAUUAAAACAAUUUGUUCGUUCUUAUUUCAAUUCUGGUACACGAUCAUCGACUGCUAAAUUAUUAUAUUAA